AUGAACAGCAGUCCGCUUCCUCCUGUCAUUGAAAUAACUGAAAAUUCAGACAAAACAAGCGAAAGCGAAAAUGAGAAUAUUGACUCCAAUGAGUUCUACAAGUCUCAAGACGAAGUUGAAAUUGAAAUUAUGCCUGAAAUCAAAUUUUCGUUAGAUAGCUUUUCAGAAGAAAAAGCAAACAAUAGUGCUGUCCGUAUCAUGGAACUUGAGCAAGCACUUCAAACUGAAAAUUGGAGAUUUCAGCAGGAAAUUUUUAAUAUGAACCAGGAAUAUCAUAGCACAAUCAGUCAUAUGUCAAUGGAGCUUGAUAUUUAUUUUAUUUUAUAUUGAUUGAGCAACAUCUUAACCAUUUAAAAAAUCAAUCAUGCUUUUUAUAAAUUUAUAAUAAAAUAACAAUUCAAUUAAUCUGAGCACACCAAACAAAAACCAAAAUUUAUCGAAAGCAAAUAGAAGAGAUGAAAAAAGAGCUAGAAAUCACCAAAAAGAACCUCAUAGAAGAGCAGCAAAUCAGAAAAACUCUUGAAGAAAAAAUUCUCGCAAUCACAGUGAAUUCUGAAGAAAAAGAGUCUUCCCUUCUUGCUCUAUUAGAGCAACGAGAUCAAGACAAUUUCCAGCAGCGAACUGAGAAUGAAAAACUACAGAAAAGGAUUGAAGAGCUAAACGAUGAAUUGUCCAACAGGAAACUUAUGAAGCAAGAAAGCCACUCAACUAUAGGAAUGAGCAUAACUGACUCAAUGGACGCUGAUUUUCUGAAAACUAAUGAAUCAGACUCUUCUAAAGAAAUUAGCAAAAAGUUUGCUGACCCUAUUGAUAUUGCAUUAAAAGAACAAUUGGCCAAACUAAAUUUGCAUGGACAUUUUAGGAAGCAGCAAAGCAAUGUGUAUUGCUAUGGAAAUAAAAAAGUGUAUAUCAUCUUAAAGAAUGGAAAACUGCUGUGCAGAUGUGGGAUUGGAUUUCAAGCAUUUGAUGAUUUCAUUAAAAAUGCAAAUUUCAAAGCAAAUUCGAGUCCUCCCAAGGUUGUUCAUAGAAGAAGCAAUACUGCUUCAGGAGACUUGCAUAAAAUUCACCCAGAAUUUGAGCCUGGAAAUGGGUAUUCUCCAGAUAGCUCAAAAAUGCAUUUAAAAAAUAGGGUUGGAACACCUUUAUUGGGGAGCAGCAAUAGCUCAAAGUCUUUGAGAAAGUAA